AUGAAUAACAAGAAAGAAAUUAACUACCUAGAUAUUGCUGGUCAAAACUUAGAAGGUGCCUUAAAUUUACAAGAUUUUACCAAUUUAAAAGGCUUAGAGGAAUUGAACCUUAGUAAUAACUUAGAACUAAAAGCAUUAAAUUGUUUUGAUAACAAAAAAUUAUCCUCCUUGGAUUUAAGUAAAAAUAAUAAUUUAGUUAAACUCAUUUGCUAUGAUUGUAACAUUAAUAACUUGAAUUUAAAUAAUGGAGUUGAACUUACUCGGCUGAGAGUUAAUAAUAACCAAUUAACUAAUCUUGAUUUUCUCCGUUCAGUAAAAGCAGAAAAGUUAAUUUAUUUAGAUGUGGAAUUUAAGAAAUUUAAAAGUUUUAGAUAUAGAGACACUGAAAUUGAUGGUGGAUUAGAGCAAUUUCGUAAGCCGGAUGAAAAAGAAAGCCAAGAAGUUAAAGAUUUGUUGCAACAAGAAGUAGCCAUGAAAUCCGCCAAAAUUAAUAAAGUUUUUGGCAGCUUUCCGCAAUUUCGACUAGAAAACCGAGAAAUUAAAAAAAUGAAAGGGCACAAUAGACCUCAUCGUUGA